AUGGAUCGCCUGCCGAGCGAACUCUGGGAACUCAUCCUCCGCCAGAUCCCCAACUCGCUCCUCCGCCAAACCUGCCUCAGCCUGCGCACCCUCACCCCACACAUCCCGCUCAGCCACCAGUACCGGCACCUCGCCAUCGCCUCCGACGCCGAGCUCAGCCGCCUCCGCACCGACACCGCCCCGCCGAAUGCCCACCUCGCAGCGCUCAUCCACUCCGUCUCCCUCAGCGCAUGGCGCCUCAGAGACAACAACCUGCUCAUCAACCUCAUCAACUCCGCUCCGAACACCAGGCUCAUCUUCCUCCACAUCGGGCCCCUCUUCGCCCCCGAGCAGCUCGACGACCUUCUCCGCAAACACAAACCCUCGCUCGAGCUCCUCCUGCUCCGCUUCAACCAGAACGUGUCCAUCCGAUCAUAUGAGCCCUUCCUGAAAGGCGCUUACUUCGACACCUGCCUGGAGCUGCUGGCCAAAUGGCCUGAGACGCCAUGCUUCCAGAGCCUGUCCUUUGUCCAGGACCCGCCGCCCCAGCCGGUGGAGAAGCAGAUCCAGCACGAGGGCAUCGCCCAGCCGAUCAUCCUGUUCCGGUUCUGGGCGAUCACCGCGCUGGCCGUGUCUCCGCUGGGGCGCCAUCUCCGGCGGCUUCGGCUGCGGAUCCCGGGGCGCAACCUGGCGGGGGCGCUGACGAGCACGUCGACGAGGGUUGAGAGGGUGGAUGUGGGCCCGGCCCUGCAUGUCGACCUGCCCGUGCCGCCCUUCCCCAGCCUCGAAUUCCUCGACAUCUCCACCUCCGCCCUCCCCUCCGUCGUCACCGGCCUCGGCCCCAUCCUGCGCCGCUUCCCCUGCCUCACCCAUCUCGUAAUCGACCGCGCCGGACUCAUCGUCCCCGCCAGGUUCCCCGCCGACAUGGACCGGGUAGACGAGACCCUCAGGGCCAUCGGCUCGUCCGUCGCUACCGCCGGCUUGCCCCGCGCUCUCGAGGCUAAGAAACUCUGGUCCGAGGCCCAUGCCGUCUUCCUCCAAGCCCUCGCCCUUCGUCACGUCUCCGAUACAUCCGCGUCGAUUGCCGAAGACCGUCCGCCGCACCAGCCCACCGCUGGGCCGUCAACCACGACUACAGCCAAGACUCGGAGAGGACGGAGCGCAUACACGCGACUUGAGGACGAAAGGAUACCGGAGAAAGUGAGCUUCCUGCCCGACUACUCUCGCCUGCUCUCGCUCUGCUGCGGCACCGCGCUCUCCCCCGCCGCUCCCGAGGGGGAAGUCGACGCCGCCGUUCAAGAGGCCGUCGAGGGCCAUCGGAGGGCGGUUAAGGUCUGGAAAGUCGGGCUGGAUAGGUUGCGCAAACCACAGCUCGUCGGCGGCGGCGGGAGCAAGACCAAGGGCACGGCGGACGGAGCCGAUCCGGACAACGACAAGCAGGCCGAGGAGCGGGCGGCCGAGGUUGCACGGAAGCUCAACAACCGCCCCGUCAUCCUCGUUCUUUCUCCCUCCCCACCCCCAUUCACCGGGCCGACGGGGCCGGAAGAGGGGCUAUUUGGGCGGUUCAAACGGGCCCUCAACCUCGUCGAGCUGAACAGCAGAAGACGCAGCGACGACGGGCCGGCGUUUUGUGUGCGCAACGGCUGCGCCAAGCACGGCGUUGUCGGCUGGAUGCCGCCCGAGCAUGAGCGCCCGGUCCGCCUCAUCCAGUCGCGCCGCCCGCCUCCUCUUACCCCCGAACACCCGCCGGACGAGCACCAGCUCGUCGCUGGCUUGCAGGCACUCGCGCUUUCCCCGCCCCGCGAGAAUGACGCGCUAUUGGCGGAUCUCGGUGGCGAGCUACGACAUCCCGUCGGAUGCGCUCAUUUGGUCGCAAGGACGAUGUGGGACGUCGAUUCGUGGUAG